CAGCGUGAUAAACAAACAAGGCGUCCCUCCGAAGGAUUUUCUCAAAUUUUCCCGAAUUCAGUGUGAAUUUUGCACUAAUUAGUGGUUUAUCAGAUAGAUGAGAGUGAUUAGAAUAGGACGUUUAUGUGGUAAUAGAUAAAUCAGCAUGUUUUCCGCGAUUUGCAAGCAAACCCAUCCGGCGACGGGCAUCGAAUUUUCCAUUUCCUGCCAUUUCUUCAAUAACUCUGAGAAAAACCUCGUCACAGCCGGUGCCAAUGUUCUGAAGGUGUUCCGCAUCGUGCCGGAUAUAGAGCCAAAUGCUAAGGAAAAAUUUACAGACAUGCGACAUCCGAAGAUGCGGCUGGAGUGUGUGGCCAUGUACACUCUCUUCGGCAAUGUGAUGUCCCUGCAAUCAGUGUCCCUGGCUGGAUCGCAGCGCGACGCUCUGCUGGUGAGCUUCAAGGAUGCCAAAUUGUCUGUGGUGCAAUUCGAUCCGGACAAUUAUGACCUGAAAACACUCUCCUUGCACUACUUCGAAGAGGAGGAGAUUCGUGGCGGCUGGACGGGAAACUAUCACGUGCCAAUUGUGCGUGUCGACCCGGACAAUCGAUGUGCCGUGAUGCUGGUGUACGGCAGGAAGCUGGUGGUGCUGCCCUUCCGGCGGGACAGCACUCUCGAUGAGAUUGAACUGCAGGAUGUGAAGCCGAUGAAAAAGCCACCGAUUCAGCUGAUAGCACGCACUCCAAUCCUUGCAUCCUACAUAAUCACCCUGAAGGAUCUGGAUGAGAAGGUGGACAAUAUCAUUGACAUUCAGUUCCUGCACGGCUACUACGAGCCAACGCUGCUAAUCCUCUAUGAACCCGUGAGGACAUUCCCGGGCAGAAUCGCCGUGCGAUCGGACACAUGCACAAUGGUGGCGAUUUCGCUGAAUAUUCAGCAGAGAGUGCAUCCGGUGAUUUGGAGCUUCUCCGGCUUGCCUUUCGAUUGCUGCCAAGUGGUGCCGGUGAACAAGCCCAUUGGAGGAUGCCUGGUGGUGUCCGUGAAUGCCAUUGUCUACCUGAAUCAGAGUGUGCCUCCGUACGGAGUGAGCGUGAACAGUAUUGCGGACCACAGCACUCAAUUUCCCCUUAAACCUCAGGAUGGCGUCAAGAUCACUCUAGACACAGCCCAGAUGACUUUCAUAGACAAUGACAAGCUGGUGAUGUCACUGAAGAAUGGUGAACUCUAUGUCCUCACGCUCUGUGCCGAUUCCAUGCGGAGUGUCAGGAGUUUUCACUUCAGCAAGGCCGCCUCGAGUGUUCUCACGAGUUGCAUUUGCGUGUGUGAGGAGGAGUACCUCUUCCUGGGCUCUCGAUUGGGCAAUUCUCUGCUGCUGCGACUCACUGAGAAGGAUCAGAGCACAGUGAUCACGAUUGAGGACACGGAGAAGGAGGUGGACAAGGAGAAGGAUGUGAUGACGAAGCAGCGACGCCUCGAGGAGGAGGAAUUGGAGGUGUACGGCUCGGGACCGAAGACAUCUGUGCAGCUGACCAGCUUCACGUUCGAGGUGUGCGACAGUGUGUUGAAUAUCGGUCCAAUUGGUCACAUGUGCAUUGGUCAGCGCGCCAAGGAGGAGGAUCAGGAGGAGGAAACCGAAGAGGAUGAGGCGGCCACGCAGUGGGACUUGGAGAUUGUCACUGCAAGUGGACAUGGGAAGAAUGGGGCGUUGUGUGUGUUGCAGAACUCAAUCAAGCCACAGAUAAUCACGAGUUUUGGAUUGUCAGGAUGCACAGAUGUGUGGACAGUGGCGGAUGAUUCGGGAAAGAAGGUGGAGAAGCCCGAAGAUUCCACACAUGCCUUCAUGAUAAUGUCGCAGGAGAAUGCCACGAUGGUGCUGCAGACGGGAGAUGAGAUCAAUGAGAUUGAGAAGACGGGAUUUGCCAACAAUUUGCCCACAAUCUAUGUGGGAAAUGUGGGAAAUAAUAGAUAUAUUGUGCAGGUGACCACGAGGACUAUUCGACUGUUGCAGGGAACACGCUUGCUACAGAAUAUCCCAUUUGACAAGGAGGCUCCACUGGCCACAGCCUCGAUUGCCGAUCCUUACGUGUGUGUCCUGUCGCAGAAGGGAGCAGUUCUCACGCUGGCGCUGCGAGAAGCCAAAGGAACACCUCGAUUGGCGGUUAACAAGAACACCGUGAGUCCCCUGCCUCCUGUCAUGACUCUGUGCUCUUAUAGGGACACCAGUGGCAUGUUCACGUCCAAAUAUGAGGACUCGAUGGACAAAGGAGCGGGAAGUUCGCUGUACAACAGCGGAUUUGGAUACAUAAAGCCAGAGCCGAACAUGAAGAUUGAGGAUGAGGAGGAUUUGCUGUACGGCGACGCUGGGAAUAGCUUCAAGGUGACCAGCAUGGCUGAGAUGGCAGUUGGGGGCAAGACGAAGGGGGCUGAAUGGUGGAGAAGAGGCGUGCAGACAUCCAAACCGACAUAUUGGCUUCUGGUAACGCGCAGCAAUGGAAAUUUGGAGAUCUACUCAAUGCCUGACCUGAAGCUCACGUACUUGGUGAACAAUGUGGCGAAUGGGAACAAAGUGCUGACAGAUGCCAUGGAGUUUGUGCCGCUGAUGACCAAUCCUGAUGAUCCGUCUCAAGGGGAUGUGAUCAUGUCUGGACCACAGUGUCAAGCCACAGCGCAGGAGAUUCUCCUUGUAGGCCUGGGAAGUUAUGGAAGUCGUCCACUGUUGAUGAUCAGAACGGAGCUGGAUGUGUUGAUCUAUCGUGUGUUCAGAUAUGCCAAGGGUCAUCUGAAGAUUCGCUUCAGGAAGAUCAACCACGAUAUCAUAUAUCAGAUGACUGAGUCCAAGAGUCAGCGACAUGUCAGUCAAUUGAGGUACUUUGGCAACAUCUUCGGCUACAAUGGUGUGACAGUGUGCGGACGGAAUCCCUACUUUAUCCUGUUGACGUCCAAAGGUGAGAUGAGGACGCAUCGUUUGUACGGAAGCAGUGUCAUUAAGAGCUUCGCUCCCUUCAACAAUGUCAAUUGUCCCAAUGGAUUUCUCUACUUCGACGACAGCAGUGAACUGAAGAUCGCCGUGUUUCCCAAGUACUUAACCUACGAUGCCGACUGGCCGCUGAGGAAGAUCCCACUGAGGUGCACACCAAUGCAGAUUUGCUAUCACACCGAGAGGAAGAUCUAUUGUCUGGUCACGAGCACGUCGGACAUCAGCCAGAAGUACUUCAGAUUCAAUGGUGAGGACAAGGAGUUGACGGAGGAGAACAAGGGAGAGAGAUUCAUCUAUCCCACAGUGGAUAAGUUCACGGUUGUCCUGGUGGCGCCGACCACUUGGGAGAUUGUUCCGUCUGCCCAGAUUGAUCUCGAGGAUUGGGAGCACGUGACAGCCUUCAAGAAUGUCUCUCUCCUGUGCGAAGGAACGCGCUCAGGUCUGAAAGAGUACAUUUGCGUGGGCACAAACUACAAUUACAGCGAGGACAUCACUUCCAGGGGAAGAAUCCUUAUUUAUGACAUCAUAGAGGUGGUGCCGGAGCCUGGAAAGCCCCUCACGAGGUAUCGCUUCAAGGAAGUGUAUCAGAAGGAGCAAAAGGGACCAGUUUCUGCAGUUACCCACGUGCUGGGCUUCCUGGUGACGGCCGUGGGCCAGAAGAUCUACUUGUGGCAGCUGAAGGACAGUGAUCUCGUGGGUGUGGCCUUCAUAGACACCAACAUCUUCGUGCACGAGAUGGUGUCCAUCAAGAGUCUGAUCCUCGUGGCGGAUGUGUACAAAUCCAUAAGCAUUCUGCGCUUCCAGGAAGAGUAUCGCACUCUGUCGCUCGUCUCGCGUGACUUCCAGGCGCAGACAGUGUUCAGUGCGGAGUAUGUUGUGGACAAUAACAAUCUGGCCUUCCUGGUUACCGAUGCCGAUGGCAAUAUCAUAAUCUACAUGUACCAUCCCGAGUCUAGGGAGUCUUUUGGUGGCCAACGAUUGCUGCGGAAAGCUGACUAUCAUCUGGGACAGCGCAUCAAUGCCAUGUUCAGAGUGCAGUGUCACUUAAAGGAUCAGCAGCAGCAGCGCCAGGACGAGCGUCGCCUGCUCUCCAAUUACGAACACAAGCACAUCACUUUCUUCGGGACACUGGACGGUGGUCUGGGCUUCUGUCUGCCACUGCCGGAGAAGACCUAUCGGCGACUCUUCAUGCUGCAGAAUCUCCUGAUGGUGCACUCUGCCCACCUAUGUGGCCUCAAUCCGAAGGUCUUCCGGACCAUCAAGACCUCCAGGAAGAUGCAAGCUAAUCCGGCGCGCUGUGUGGUGGACGGAGAACUGAUCUGGUCAUUCAUUCAGCUGCCAAUGAAUGAGAAGUUGGAAUUGGCGAAGAAGAUUGGGACGAGAAUCGAUGAGAUCUAUGGCGAUCUGGCGGAAAUCAGCUCGGUUUCGGCGGUAUUUUAGAGACAAGAAC